UAGGACUCCUGGCUGCAUGUACGCACUGGUACCAGUAACCCAACAAACUCCUCUAUUCUCAACCUCCAAUUAAUAAACAGAAGAACCGAUCGCCUCCGGAUCGAUUGUCUUCCUUCCCUUUGCUGCGCCUCCAAUUUGUUACCCCUAGACUCUCCCUCAGAGGCCAAGAACCAAUGGGGGACUUGACUACCCCUCUCGCCAGCAGCGGCGUUCUGGUAGAAGACUCGGCGGCAACGGAAGACAAGUAUGGAGGCGGCUUCUUUCAACGUGCACGCGAGAGGGUUCGUGACCUCGCGUCAAUGGAUGGCGCCGUCCUCCUUGCGUUUGUCGCGUCCAUCGGCAACAUGCUACAGGGCUGGGACAAUGCGAGCAUUGCAGGUGCCAUGUUUUACAUAAAGGAGGAGUUUAACCUAAACAGCACGCCGAUGAUUGAGGGUUGUAUUAUGGCCAUGGCACUUUUUGGGGCGACAAUAAUCACAACACUUUCUGGAUUGUUAGCUGACAAAUUUGGGAGGUGGAUGAUGCUACUUACCUCGGGGAUAUUGUCUUUUGUCAGUGCAGUACUGGUCAUAUUCUGGUCUUAUCAUGUGUACAUGUUGCUCUUCGCGAGGCUCAUCCAGGGAUUUAGUAUUGGUUUGGCUGUCAUAAUAGUGCCAUUAUAUAUCUGUGAGACCGCUCCUUCAGACAUAAGAGGAAAAUUGAACACAUUUCCUCAGCUAAGUGGUUCAGGUGGCAUGUUUUUAUCUUACUGCAUGGUGUUUUGGAUGUCUAUGAUGCCAAAUGUCAAUUGGAGAAUCAUGCUUGGAAUACAAUUGAUUCCCUCGCUUGUAUACUCUAUUCUAAUUAUCUUCUAUGUACCUGAGACUCCAAGUUGGCUUGUCAGCCAAGGAAGGGUGGAAGAGGCGAAAAAAGUUCUGCAAAGAUUACGAAGAAGGGAAGACGUCUCAAGUGAAAUGGCCAAUCUUUUGGAAGGCACCAGAGUUGGUCACAAUCCAUCUAUGGAGGAGUACCUAAUUAGUACCGAUGAAAAAGUUAUAUUUGAUACUAUCCUUUCGAACAAAGAAACGAAAGAAAUCAUACAAUUGUAUGGGCUUCCAGAAGAUUUGCCAUGUGUUGCAUAUCCAGUGAAGGGACAUGAUCAAGAAAUCACGGUCACAAAUUCUGUCAGUCGAGGGGCAACAUAUUUUGAUCCCAUUGUCAGCAUUGUUGGGAGUUUGCAUGGGAGCUUACUUGAGGAAGCACAUGACAUAUUCAAUGAAAUGGAACAACAAGAUCCAAUUGAAAGGGACGAGGAGAAUCAGCAAGAAUCUGAUCAUGAACUAGAACAUAUUAUAGAUGAUGCGGAUGAUAGUGUACAUGAGCCUCUUGUUCGUCAAAAAUCCUUGGCAAGAAGUGAAUUGCUUCCAUCACACAAAAGCGGGUACAUUGGUGGAGGAUGGCAAUUGGCUUGGAAAUUGCCCGAAGGUUACUCUUCAGAUGAGCAAUCAGAAGCCAGCAUGGACCGAGUAUAUCUAUAUGAAGGAGGUUUACCAACUUUACAUAAGGUCUCUGAAUUCGAUGUUCCACUAGAUGGGAAAUUUGUUCAGGCAACGGCUUUGGUGAACAAGUCUGUUUUCCAUAAAGACAGAUUUGGUGAUCACAAAAUUAACCUUCAUCCACGUGAGAAAUUUAUUAAAAGUACAAAAUGGAAGGAUCUAUUAGAACCUGGAGUAAGACGUGCGUUGAUUGUGGGUGUUGGAAUACAAGUACUUCAGCAGUUUGCUGGCAUCAAUGGCAUUCUUUACUAUACUCCUCAGAUACUUGAUCAGGCCGGAGUUGGGGUUCUUCUAUCAAAGAUUGGCAUUAGUUCUUCUUCGGUUUCUAUUCUUAUGAGCGCCCUUACAACUUUAUUAAUGAUCCCCUUUAUUUGCAUUGCUAUGUGGCUUAUGGACCGUACUGGUAGAAGACAGCUACUUAUUUGCACAAUACCGAUCUUGUUAUUGUCGCUCGUUGUCUUGGUUACCGUCAACAUUGUGAAUCUGAGCACUGAAUUACAUGCUUUGCUCUCAACCACGAGCGUUGGUAUCUACUUCUGCAUCUUUGUCAUGGGGUUUGGUCCAAUACCAAAUAUUUUCUGUUCAGAGAUUUUUCCCAACAAAGUUCGUGCUACAUGCUUAGCACUAUGCAGCUUAACAUUUUGGAUAUGUGACAUCAUUGUGACGUACACUCUUCCUAUAUUGUUGAAAUCCAUCGGCCUUGCAGGUGUCUUCGGGGUUUACGCCGUUGUGUGCGUAUUAGCUGUUGUGUUUGUUUGUCUAAAAGUUCCAGAAACAAAAGGUAUCCCUAUUGAGGUGAUGGCAGAAUUUUAUGCGCUUGGAGCAUCAGGUAGUCCAACUCUGCCGGAAGAAGAUUCGAAAGAAAACAAGGAGGUUAUUACUCUUCGACGACCAUGUCACUAGUUUAGUUAGAAACAUUCUUCAUGUAUUUUGCUUGUGUGCUAUUAUACUGAUAUUAUUUUAAUUACCGGUGAAAUGAUCUAAUGAUACGGUAUUCAUGUCAUCGGAAAGGAUUUUCCCGGUAAAGCCAGCCA